CGUGCGCCUCCCGGAUGCCCGGCUCCGACCAGCCCGGCUCUUUUGUUCUGCAGCGGCCGGGCGGCGAGAGGUUUCCCACCGGACGCUCAUCUCCCCACCCACCGCCGGCCCAUUGAAACCUUCAGUUGCCGCAGAUCACAAUGCAAAACAGCGAUGUCCCUGUAGCUGAACGCGCUCUUGUUCCUGGUGCCCAAUGGAGCCAUCUCACAGGUGGCAUGUCGACAGGGGUGAUGGGCAUCCAGCGGAGCUGCAGGCAAAGGCUCGGGUGCUGGUGCCAGGCGGGAGUAGUUGGCCAAGAGCGGAAAACCAUGGCAGCGUCGGGCUUGAAAACCAGGUGAUAGAAACCUGCCCCCCAGUUCCUUGGGCUCACUAUAUGCAGACCCCACUCAGCAAUGACGGCCCCCAGAACCACAUGGCCUUAGAGGACAGGCCGCCUCAUCCCGAGAUCUACAGCAUUGCCCUGUGGGGGCCCAAACUGCAUUCGGCGCUGACCAGGCACAGAGGGGGGCGGUCCAAUGCACAGGCCUCCCCUCCGGUCUCCAAGCAUCUGGAUCCUCCAGGAGAGGGAGACGCCACAGACGAAGGGUCCAUGGUGUUGAUUGAUGCUGAAGGGGUGCCCCACACUGUGUCACGCCAAGAGGUGGAGCAGGCUGGGCAGAUGCAAUCCUCCGAACCCGAGCUGUUGGCCUCAGCUCCUCCGCCCCGGCAGCUGUACUUCUGCCCCAUUUGCCUACGGACGUUCCUGUACCAGUCGGACCUGGAGCGCCACAGCAUCACCCACUCGGAGAGCAAGCCGUACGUGUGCCGCGAGUGCGGCAAGGCUUUCAAGCGCUCCUCGCACCUUCAGAGGCACAAGCACAUCCACACCGGCGAACGGCCCUUCAGUUGCCCGGUCUGCUGCAAGGGCUUCCGGGAAUCCGGGGAGCUCCUGCGCCACCAGCGAGUCCACACCGGGGAGAAGCCGUACCAGUGCCAGAUCUGCCGGUUGCGCUUCACGGAGCGCAACACCCUCCGCCGACACGCCAAGCGCAAGCAUGCCCGUGAGACCUACUACCAGCGCUCCGUCGAGGAGGGAGGUGGCAGCUGGGCGACGGCAGGAGACUGGGAAUCGGAAGUGGUGGCAGGAAGCGGUGACUGGGGGCCGGAGGAACUUGGGAGUGGCUGGACCAAUGAAUCGGUGGAGGACUGGGUCGGGGAUGGGAGCCACUGGGGAGAAGCUGCAGAAGGCGGGGCAGGAAGCACUCCAGUAGCUAUGUCACAGACACCAGAGACAGAACACAGCAAGGACAAAGACAAGCCUGGGAUCCAGCCCCCAUAAAUAUGCAAAGACUAGGGGGAGGCGGGGGGCACCAGGGACUGGAACAUGAACUCUGUCCUGCAUCUGUCUAAAAGGACUUAAACCUCUGUAACUGCAUUGAGACUUUUCCCGCCCCCUCAAGCGAGGGCAUGAGACUGAGGAUAGGACCGUUUCCUAGAGCUGCUCUAAAAUAUUAUGGCCUUUGAAGUAUCAAUGGGUGGGCAUCACCAAAGACUGGAGAAUGCUACUGGUGGACAGGGAAACAUGACUGUCCCCUCCUUCAAACAAUUAUAUCAUGACAUCCGGAGCUGUUGAGGGAUUGGAGAAACAGUGUUAUGUGUUAAACUCUGUAGCAGAGUAUAGCAAAUGAAACUGGGGAAUUUGCUGUUUCUUGUGGUUUCCCAGAGGAAUGGGCACUGGGUGAUGUGUGCUCCUCUCCCGGUUGUACCAAACAAAAUGCCGAUACACGUUGGUCCUCUGUAAGAUUAUUUGCCCCAUUCUGAGUUGCUUUCUUGGCUCCUCCAUGCAGUGGGGCAUUUUCAAGUUUGCAAACUUUUCAAUGAAUUAAAAUAUGCAAAAGA